AUGUACGUCCUUGGGGGGCAGCAUGCGCGCGGGGCCGACGCAAUCGCGCUGGCCGCCACUACAGAGUGCCUGGGCAGUGUCGCGGAGCACGCGGCCUGGUCAGGUAUCCCGCGUGUGGACCGCGAGUGCGAACAGGCUCUCGCCGCCAUGGGCCUGGACGGCGCGUGCCCCGAGCAGCUGCCCCUGGUGCCCCGAAGCGCUGCGCCCAAGGCGGGGCAGACGGCCGACGUCAUCCGCGCGUUGACCCACCAGGGCUCCGUGCUGCCCAGGACGCGCGCCGGGUGCGCUGCUGUGCAGGAUGGCAUGCGUGCCUUUGGGCGGCCCGGGGUCCUAGCCCUGCAGCGCAUGCGCGCCCGGUACGCGCAAGCGGCAGAAGCAGUAAAGCAGCAGCAUGAACAGCAGCGGCAGCAGGAAGAGCAGCGCGAGGCCGAGCGCCCCAUCUGGGCGCAGGAGGCUGGCGCGGCUGAAACCAUUAACACCUUUGUGAGCGGCGUGGUAUCUGGGAUGGCCCGGCAGUUGGGCCAGCUCGGCAGCUGCCUUGGCACCGCCACACACGCGGUGCACCAAGCGGUGCUGGCCGGGAUGAAUGCUACAGUGCGGGCGGCCGUGGCUGGGGCUGUUGCCCCUGGUGCCCCGGCCAGCGCGGCGGCGCGGCUGAUUGUGCUGGCGUCCGGCAGUCGCCUCGGGGCCACGGCGGACAGCCAGCUGGAGAGCGUGCGCACGUUGGCCGCCGGCGCCGGCGUCAGCGAGAGCGGUCUCGAAAAGGUCAUGCACACCAUGCGUGCGCUCAAGACGGAGGAACGGGGGCUUGCUGUGCGCCCCCCGCCUUCCAGCAGCUGCUGCCCGCGCUGCCAGCAGGGCGCUGCCAUUGGCGACCCCAGCGCACAUCUGUGCUAUCCCGUGCGUGCGGGCAGCCUGGGUGCCGCGGGCGAAGCGCAAGCCGAUAUCCGGUCCGUUAUGGCCCUACUGAUCAUGGCGGGGCAGCAGGAGGUGCGCUAUGCACUCGCGCGGCAGCAGGUGCCGCGCCUGGGGGCACUGGUGGGAGUGGCUGACGCGGCGCUGCUCAAGGCGCAGUGGCUGGCCAUUGCCCCGCCGCCGCCACCAUCGCAGCAGCCGCAGCAGCAGCAGCAGCAGCAGCAGCAGCAGCAGCAGCAGCAGCAGCAGCAGCAGCAGCCCGUGCAGAAGCGCGCGCCCCUGAUUGUUGACAGCAGCGGCAGCAGCGGUGCGCAAGUGGAGGCGGCCAUGCAGGGGCCAAGCCGCCAGGAUGCAACAGAAGAAACCAUGCAGCAAGUCGCGCUGAGCCAGUUCACGCUGGUCUACGGCGCCGGCGGGAUCCAGGCGCCCGGCGGCUGCAGCGACAUCAGCAGCAUGAACUGCUGCCUGUGUGGUGGCAACCCUGUGGUAGACGUCGCCACGUCCCCCCUAUUCAGCAGGGUGCGGCCAGGGAAGGGCAAGGAGCUUUGGCAGGUCACACCGCUAUCGCUCUCGGAGGCAACCGCCGCCUUUAAGCCAGACCUGCCCGUGCAGCCAACCAGCUACAAGGGGAGCGUGCAGGUCAGGGCGGAGCAGGCGGCGGGCGGGGCGGGGCUUCCGGGCGACGCGCUGCCAGCGGCACAGCCCCUGCCUUCUGCCGUCACCAAUGACGGCUGUCAUAGCGCUGCACUGGACAACGCGGGCACCAGCGGCUGCGCCAACUUUGAGGCGCUGGUGCUGCGCGCAUGGGGCCGCAGGCGGGGGCACAACCUGGGGGCCAUUCCCCCAGAUGACUAUGCCGCCUGGCGCAAACUGGCGGGGGAAUUCAUUGCAGAGGUUGACGCCCUUGGGUGGGCUCUCCUGCAGCGCCUGGUGCCUAAUUAG